UACUAGUAAGGAAAGUUUCAGAUGUAAAAUAUGUGAUCGGUUUUUUUCAUCUAGUAGUAGUCUUAAACAACAUAUGACAAUACACACUGGUGAGAAGAAUCAUAAAUGUGAAAUAUGUUAUAGUUCAUUUUCUAAGAGCAGUUAUCUUAAACAACAUAUGACAGUACACACUGGUGAGAAGAAUCAUAAAUGUGAAAUAUGUCAUCGUUCAUUUUCUCAGAGAGGUAAUCUUAAAACACAUAUGAUAGUACACACUGGUGAGAAGGGCCAUAAAUGUGAAAUAUGUCAUCGUUCAUUUUCUUAUAGAAGUAAUCUUAACCAACAUAUGACAAUACACACUGGUGAGAAGAAUCAUAAAUGUACAAUCUGUCAUAGUUCAUUUUCUCAGAGCAAUGGUCUUAAAGAACAUAUGACAAAACACACUGGUGAGAAGAAUCAUAAAUGUGAAAUCUGUCAUAGUUCAUUUUCUAACAACAGUAAGCUAAAAAGACACAUGACAAUACACACUGGCGAGAAGAAUCAUAAAUGUGAAAUAUGUCAUCGUUCAUUUUCUCAGAGCAGUAGUCUUAAAACACAUAUGACAAUACACACUGGUGAGAAGGACCAUAAAUGUGAAAUAUGUCAUAGUUCAUUUUCACAUGAUUGUGAUCUCAAAAGACAUAUGACAAAACACACCGGUGAGAAGAAUCAUGAAUGUCAAAUAUGUCAUCAUUCAUUUUCUACAAGCAGUAAUCUUAAGCAACAUAUGACAAUACACACUGGUGAGAAGAAUCAUAAAUGUGAAAUAUGUCAUCAUUCAUUUUUUUACAGCAGUAAUCUUAAACAACAUAUAACAAUACACACUGGUGAGAAGAAUCAUAUAUGUGGAGUAUGUCAAAGGUCAUUUUCUCAGAGCAAAAGUCUUAAACAACAUAUGACAAAACACACUGGUGAGAAAAAUCAUAAAUGUGAAAUAUGUCGUCGUUCAUUUUCUCAUAGCAGUAAUCUUAAAAGACAUAUGACAAUACACACUGGUGAGAAGAAUUAUAAAUGUGAAAUAUGUCAUCGUGCAUUUUCUAUUAGCAGUAAUCUUAAACAACACAUGAUAAGACACACUGGUGAGAAGAAUCAUAAAUGUGAAAUAUGUCAUCGUUCAUUUUCUCAUGCCAGUACCGUUAAACAACAUAUGACAAUACACACUGGUGAGAAGAAUCAUAAAUGUGAAAUAUGUCAUAGUUUAUUUUCUCAGAUCAGUAAUCUCAAACAACACAUGAUAAAACACACUGGUGAGAAGAAUCAUAUGUGAACUAUGUCUUUGUUCAGUCAGGAUGUAAAUAGACAUAUGACAAUACACACUGGUAAAAUGAAUUGUAAAUGUGCAAUAUUAAAUCAUUCAUUUACAUUGGAGAGAAGAAUAAUGAAUGAAAUAUGUCAUGUGUCAUUUUCUGAGAGCAGUGCGAAGACUUAAUAGACGCAUGACAAUACACACCUUCAAAGAAUAAUCAAUUUAUCCUUUAAGGAUCGUGGCAGCCGACAUAGGCAUAUUAAGAUCCAUAGACCAUACUAACAAAAUUACAUAAAAAUGCAAAUAUUGCUAAUUCGAGUGAUCAAAUACGUGUGAGAAGCAAACAUGCCAGAGAACGCGCACAAGUGGAAAAUUUUAUAAAUUCGAUACAUGUGAUAAAUCAUUUUUUUACGAAAAGAGAUCUUAAAUCGCACGUUGAGAUGCACAUUUAAGUGAAUAAUUCUAAGUGCAUUCAAACCGUUUUAGCACUAUAUCUAUCAUGCAUAUCGUAUGCAAUGCUAUUAACUAAUAACUAUGGUAUACUGCUGAGACCGAAAAACAUGACAUAGCAAAAAAAGCAGAAAGGCAGAAAGAAAGGAAAGUAAAUAACACAUGAUACGCAUAUUAUGUACGGUACUAAAAACUGUUGAAUUUGAAUACUACAUUCUUCUGUUAAGCGUUAAAUUUGAAGAUUUGCCAUUAUUGUUGCGUACAAUUGUAAAUAUUAAUUUUUAUACUAUGUAUGCAUUUUUAGCUCGACUUUUCUAUGAAAAGGGGAGCUAUCCUACUCGCCCCGGCGUCGGCGUUGGCGUCACACCUUGGUUAAGUUUUUCGUACCACCCCACUUUAUUUCAGAAGUAUUACAAGUAUGGCUUUGAAACUUACCAUACUUGUUCACCAUCAUAACCUCCAUCUACAGACAAGAGUACAUAACUCUGUCAAGGUUUUUGACAGAAUUAUGGCCCUUUUUUGACUUAGAAAGUGUAUUGAGCUUGGUUAAGUUUUUUUGUACCACCUCACUUUAUUUCAAAACCAUUGGAGGUAUUGCUUUGAAACUGACCAUACUUGUUUACCAUCACGACCUUCAUCAACAGACAAGAGGACAUAACUCUGUCAAGGUUUUUGACAGAAUUAUGCCCCUUUUUGACUUAGAAAAUACAUUGAAUAUGGGUAAAAUCCACUUAUUGCCUUAACCCUUUGAGAUAUUGCUUUGAAACUUUUAAUGCUAUUUCACAUCAUUACCCCCAUCUGUACGCAAGAGAAGGUAACUCUGUCAAGGAUUUGUUUUAAAAAUUAAGGCCUUUUAUCGACUUAGAAUCUUGGUUAAGUUUUUAGUACCAGUCCACUUUUGACUGAACUGUUUGAGAUAUUAAUUUGAAAGUUGGAAUACUUGUUUACAAUCAUGAUUCCCAAACAUGUCCAGGAGAAGGUAAUUCUGUCAAAGAUUUUAUUUGAAUUAUGGCCCUUAACUGUCAAUGUUUUGUAUUAUAGGCAAGCACUAAAAAAGUCGAGCGCGCUGUCUUACGGACAGCUCUUGUUAACCUCU